GGAAUGAAGUGAACUGAAGUAAAAGUUAUGAAAGCAAUCUGAAGUGAAAUCACUCAUUACUAAUUUAACAUCGUAUGGUGAAAUUCUACAGAGCGGCAGGAUGAAGAUCGAAAUCUGUUCAUUUAGUGGAUACCGUAUGUAUCCCGGCCAUGGCAAAAAAAUGGUCAAAACUGAUGGAAAGUCUUUCAUGUUUCUUAAUGGUAAAACUGAAGCUUCCCACAUGAUGAAAAGAAAUCCCAGAAAAGUCACAUGGACUGUCUUAUACAGAAGGAAACACAAGAAAGGUAUUGAAGAAGAAACAAGCAAAAAGAGGACUCGUCGUACUGCAAAAUUCCAGAGAGCUAUUGUUGGAGCUAGUUUAAGCGACAUCAUGGCAAAGAGGAAUAUGAAACCUGAGGUUAGGAAAGCUCAGAGAGAACAAGCUGUCAGGGCUGCAAAAGAAAAACAAAGGGCACAAAAAGCUCAAAAGAAGGCCACUGCUGCUCCUACAAAGGUUGCUAAGGUUGCCCAGAAGCAGAAAGCUGCCAAGCCUGUACAAGUAAAAGCUCCUCGUGUUGGUGGAAAGAGAUAAAUGUUAGACAUAUUAAAUAAAAUAAACUUGUAUAGAAAGUGA